AACGCUAUGGCGAGAUCCGGAUGGACAGAACUCGCAGGCGUCGAGUCCGUGCGACUGUCUAAUUUCCCACUCCGUACCCAACUUGUCAUCUUCUCGAAAACUUUGGUUUGUUAGCUAUCGCAGAUUUAUCUCUCGACUUUCAGUCUUGGAUAAUGAGUACCAUUUCCACCAAAUUCAACAACAUCUCGCCGCGUGAUAUUUAUUUACAGCAGAUGUAUCAACCGAAUCGAGGACCUGCCAGGAACAUCGAAACUAUCCGCCAUUGCUGCCAGUACCUGAUGUCCGGACAAGCCUUUCCCUAGGUUGAUCUUGUGAACGCAAUGUUCUGCCAUCGGACCAGGAAAAAUGACAUCUGGGUCGAAUUGGCAUGGGACGACAUUCAACUUGAAGACUUGAAAUGUAGAUCAUGGACGUCACGUCUAACAUAUAUCUGCAUCUUUAUAUCGACGCUUUUCUCGAUCGUGGGUUCAAUCACCGACGUAUUCGCCACCUUCAAUUUCGUCAUAUUCAACAAAAUCCCAUCCUCGACGUACUUGACGACAUAUAUAUCCUAUGGUGGUCUGAAAGCUAUCUACACGAUCCUCCAGGUGGCAUUACUGGCAAACGUGGGAUACGAAGGUUGGCGGACUUGGAGAUUGGUAAAACGUGGGCGCAUUGCCGAGUGCUACCUGGACGAACCGACUGCGAGGUUGACAAGUUUGAGGUUUGGCAAAGGCCAAGGCUGGACUCGAUUUCUGUUAUUUGUAGAGCUUUCGGGCUCAAAGAGAGGAUUUGACUAUAUUGCCCUCUUCACUUACUUCUGUUUCCAGUCGGCGGUGUCCCUUAUUCUGUUCUCCAGCCCGAGGCAGCUUAUCAACGCCAGCACGCUUUACGAGUUCUAUAUGUCACAGUCCACUACCGAGACAAUUGUACCCGACGAAAGUCCCAUAUUCAAUUUCAACAGAAUGAUAGCGGUGCUUGCCAAGCAUGAUGUCUUGCAAGCGGCAAACUAUUGCGCAAUGCUGUACACUUUGGCGCUGUGGGUUAUCUCUAUUAUCUCGUUAAUGGUUGCCAGCAUGUUGUUCCUCUGCAUUGUGUGGUGCUAUAUCCCACGUGAGGAUCAAGGUCUAAGCCAGUACUGUAGACGGAAAGUCAACCAAAGGCUGCAUGAGAUCGUCGGCAGUAGGUCUAUGCUUGUCGAACUUGAGGAAAAGCUAGAGUGA